CUCAGCCAAUGAACGGAUAAAUUCCUGCUCUGCUUGACGACAAUUUGCGGCUGUGUCGUCCUCAAGCAACUCGGUCACCGUUCCUCAAUUCAGGGAUAUUAACUCUGCCAUCGGAGCUCUCAUCACUUUCGUUUAUACCCCAGUGCGACGGCCCCUGCCACGGCGACAUGAGUUUAUCUGACUAGUCAAGCUCUGAAUCCAAAACGCAGCCUCACCUUUUUCUCUGUCAUCACAGCGGUUUCGUCCUCGACGACCCUUGGUCGGGGUGCCCACGAGCGAUGUCCGAAGUACAUUCAGCCCGAGAAGCGCAGAAUACAGCUGAGCGAAGCUCUGCUUCUUCGUCAACCGUACUCCCUCGGAAGGGUUCGGACGCGUCUCCCGAACAUCGAACGCAGAAUGACGAGGUUGAACUUAAAGAUAUCAAUUCCCGCAACGAAGGCGAAAGAGCCUUGCCGAUUGAAGAGGAUAUAAUGCAACUUGCACGGCUGGGGGAAAUAGGUGCUAUUCAGAAGCUCUUCGAAAGCGGGAAAUAUGAUGCAAAGUAUCGAGAUGAAGAGGACAUUACGCCUUUACAUUGGGCUGCGAUUAACAAUCGAUAUGAGCUCUGCAAGUUUUUACUCGAUUCAGGUGCAGAUGUGAACGCAAAGGGCGGUGAAUCCGUCGCUACACCGGCCAUGUGGGCAGCUCAACGGUGUCACUAUUAUAUCGUCGAGCUCCUUCUUCGAUACGGAGCGGAUCCUCUUUUAACGGACGUUCAAGGCUAUAAUAUAUUACAUCUGGCAACGAUCGAUGGAAAUGCCUUCCUCCUCGUACUGCUUCUGCACCAGGAGAUCCCUGUGGAUGUGACGGAUCCCCAGGGACAUACCGGUUUGAUGUGGGCAGCAUACAAAGGGUUUCCGGCGUGUGUCGAUCUAUUUCUUCGAUGGGGUGCAAAUGUGAAUGCCGCAGAUGAAGGCGGGCUCACGCCGCUCCACUGGGCUUUGGUUAAAGGCUCGACACCUUGUAUACAGAAAAUUAUUGAAUAUGGUGCCGACCGCUAUGCAAAAACGAGAGACGGCAAGACUCCCGCUAUAGUGGCUGAAGAGAUGAAGACAACGCAUUUUUGGCGUCGCGCGCUGAGUGAAUGUGGGUAUGACCCGAACGGGGAUGUAAUACAGAUGCCUCUCGGCCUCGCUACGAUCUUACGAACGAGACGAUAUAUUUCUAAGUUUUUCUUCCUUUGGCCUUUUGCUAUGAUCUUUGGUGCUGUGUGGAUACUCAGCGAGUUUACGGUUUAUGUAUCUGUACCAUUAACGCUUGCUUUCAUUUUUGGCAUGCAAUGGAUGGCGCAAUGGGUAGCGAACCGGAGCCAUGCGGAGUUUCGGGUGCUUCAAAGAACGCCUUUCCUGGCAGGCGUGUUUGCAGCCUCGCUUUUCUGGAUCGGUGUUCGAUGGCUUUUGACAGUACUCCCAGAUACCUACUCCACCUAUCCUUUCCUCAAUUUCUUCUUUGCCGUAUUCUUUUCUCUUACGUCCUACUUUUAUUUCCUAUCCAUGAUCGAGGAUCCAGGCUACGUGCCCAAACUCAGCAGCAGAAAUCAGCAACGAACAUGCAUAAUGGAACUAUUUAAGUCAUGGCAGUUCGAUGAAGACAACUUUUGUGUUUUCUGCAUGAUAAGGAAACCUUUGAGGAGCAAGCACUGUCGGCGCUGCAGACGUUGCGUUUCAAAGCAUGAUCAUAUGGAAGUCGGUAUCAUUCUUUUCAUCCAGCUGGUGAUAAAUUACCUAGGAGCCUUGCCUCCGCCUACCGAUUCAGAAUGUAAUAUUCUCUCCUCAUCUCUAUGCAGCAUGGUAAAACGUGAUACGUUUACCAUAAUCCUCACGUUUUGGAUAGCCCUCCAGCUGGUCUGGGUUACCAUGUUAUGUGUUGUUCAGCUCGUUCAAAUCUCACGAAACCAAACUACAUAUGAGAACAUGAAAGGACAUGCAUUCGAUUAUGCUAAUCCUGCCUCGCGAGCAAUCACAUCUGCUCUUACCACCGGAACCACCUCAGCAGAGCUGGGUGGCCUAAACUCAACAGGGCAAGGUCCCAACCCAUCAAUCCUGCCGCCAGGCCAUAGGCGGCAUCACCGUCAUGCCCAUGGAGGCUGUCUUUCGCAAUGGAAGAAACUGCUGGGGUUGGAUACUUUCAUGGCUACGGCUCAAGAAGGCCUUGGAGAUCGUCGGGCGGCUCGUGCGCAAAACCCGUUCUCUCGCGGGAUCGUCACCAACUGUCGAGACUUCUGGUGUGAUCCUGCUCCUUAUUUUGGCAGAAGAGCACCCGGUUCCGCCAUGUUGAACGGAGAAGUUGUAAACUACAAUGACAUGUAUGAGGUACCAUUGAGGUUAAGGACUGGUGUGUCGGGGAUGGUUUAUCGAAGUGUUGCAACAGAGGACGUGUAG